AUGUCAACACUAAAAAACCUUUCCGCUCUCCGCAAAAAAAUCGCCAAGCGUAUACGUGAAGCGCUCUCGGAACUUCAUGAAAACUUGGGUCGAGGUCAGAGCGCCGUUCCUGUCCCAGUCCCCGUUCCAAUGAGAUCGCCUAGGGGCUUCCGGAUGUGCCCUCUUUCGUGUUAUUCGAAUGCCUCUUUCGGCGCCAGAAGAUUCUACUGUACUUAUUCGAAUCGUUUCUCUGGCUUUGCCAACUUGCGCUGGGCCAAAAUCACCGACUCGGUGCUCUUCCAGAACUUUUCGUCCAGAACCCAUUUCCGCCUGCGCCUGUUUGCCAAUUUUUACAAGACGCCUACAGUCAUGCAGUUGCUCAAACUAAAGCCAAGUGUCGAAGAUGCAAAUGGGAUGCGGGCUAAACAUCGCAUUCCUACGAGACUGGCGACUGCCAUGGAGCAAGUUCCGUCUGGAUUGCGUCUCAACGUGCUGUUGUCUAAACGGUUCCAUGAUAUGGUCAUGGACCUUGCGAAACCGGUGUCAAAUGUGGCAGAGGGAUGCUAUGUAGACUUCCAGAUCCAGCCCCGCAUUCUCAUUCCGCAAAACACCAUGAUGAGCCCAGAAGUGUUGAGUGAGUUGUUAGUCAACUUGAAACACUUUGAAAAACAUAUCCGUGACUUGCAGAGUGACUUGGCUCGCCUUGGCGAGUUGGGUGAACUUCCUGUGCAAUUUCUCGGUGCCCAGAAUACCAUUCGUGUGUAUUUCCCCAACUGCGAUAGAGAGCGCUUGGAGACACUUUUGCGUGAGAAGAACGUUGUAAACGGUGUGGUCUAUGAGGAUUAUCUGAAUGAGUGUGUUGAGCUUGAGAGCAGCAGCUCGGUGUCGUCUUUGUCGGACUUUGACAUUUUGUCCAGUUUCAAUCUUCUGUCGCUGGCGUCGUCAGACUCAGAUGCAUACGACGACGUGUUGUCGUCUUCAGAAGGAAGCCGGUUGGAGCCGGCUCUGUCUUAUCACAGAGUGGAAAUUGUCGAUGCCGACAGUUAUUAUUGGACCUGA